AUGAUUUCUCUGAACCUCACUGUGCCGUUAGCGGUGGACUUUAAUGACGCUGCAGAUUAUUUCAUUUUUAUAACCAAUCUACUAAUUGCUACCAGUGCUGUUCUCAUGGCUGGCUCGGUGGUGUUGGGUAUUAUUUGUACAAAGUCACUUCGAGGUCAAAACAGGUUUAUUUUCAUGCUGAACACCAGCAUAUCUGACACUCUGACCGGGUUAGGUGGUUACUACAUCGGACUGUUUGAUGUGCAGGAGGGCUAUCCGUCCAAAAACGGCACCUAUUACAUAGUGCCUUCGCUACUGGGAGUCAAUAUUCUGACCAUCAUGUCUGCACAGGUGGACCGAUUCCUUGCAGUAGCUUAUCCUUAUACUUACAGUCGUUAUAUAACUCGGACUGUAGCUAUACAACUAUGCUUUUUCGCCUGGUUUUACACUUACUUCAUGUUAACGGUUCAGAAUAUCGUUACCAUUGACGUUGCUAAAAAAGUGAGCGCUUACGGUACUUUGUCGCUCCAGGCAAUAAUAAUCGCAAAAGUGCUGAUGAACGUGAAACUGUACCUCAUCGCUAAAUACCAGAUUGCUCGGGAGCCGCCGGGUCCAGAGAGAGACAGCAAGAAAGAGUCCCUGAGACUCAUCAUCGUGGUGGUAGUCUGCUUCCUGGCGCUCUGGACUCCUCGCUUUUACUACAUUAUCGUGGUCCAGAUGACCAGGUCCAGAUACAUGUUCAAGAACAACGCCAGCGACCCUCUGGCCAUGAUGAUAAGAUUCACUUCAACCUGUACCCCCGGACUGUACAUCUGGGGGAGCCCCGCUCUCAGGGAGGCUGUGCUGAAGACGGUGUGGGGGAGAGUCUGUCCUCCACUGAGAAAAAGGUAA